AACGCAGAAGACAUCACCCCUCAAAUUAAAAUCUCCCAUUCUCGAUUCGAUUUCCGUAAUAAGCAAGUAAGAUGAGCCUGAACUGCCUCGCUUGCCACAUCUUGCAAAGAUCAGACUCGGACAGGGACAUAGGAAGCCGUAAAGACUCAAAAUUUACAGAAAAUAUUGUAACUUCAGGGUAUGAACAUAUGGUAAGGAACAGAUCGCCGUUGCCCGUAGUGAGACGGGUCAAAACGGGACAUCGCAGGCUCUACAGCGCUGAGGUCGUGGUCUAUGGGGAUCUUGACGAGCCUAAACUAGUAAGAAGCAGUGGGAUUAGAAGGGAUUGGAGCUUUGAGGAUCUAAAGAAACAAAGAGAUCAGAUAAGAAUUGGAGAGACAAUAAAGGAAUGA